CGCUCGACCGACAGUCAGCCGCCGCUCCCCGCAGUGCGUGUACGUAUUUUAGUGAAAGAUUACAGUGCACCUGCCCGGCAUCGCAGGCAGCUCCGAAUCGACAACCGUUAUCGCCCUAAAUGACCAACUAAUGGACGAACGAAGAGGUAGUCCAUGCAUGCUCGUGAUUACUCAGAGUGAACACUAGUGGAGUGCAGUGUUGUGUUGAUGUUGAAAUGGAAGAGGUCCGAAUUUCAGACUGGCCCGAGCCCCCGGGUUCCCAUGCAUGGCUCCCUGCUUAUGGUUUCCAGCAUGAUAUAAUGGACAAGGAUGACUAUUUUGGCACCAACGGUGAUAAUGGCAGUACUCACGCUUUGUACCUCGAAACUAUAGUCGAGGAGACAAGCGAUGAUUUGCGCUCCGAAAAAUCUUCGGGUGGAACAUGGCUGUCCGACUCGGACGCAGAUUCCGUCAUUCAUGUACCAGCAAAUGCAGGGUCAGAGUGCGACAGCGAGUCAGAGCGCGAGUGGGCUUGUCCGGCGAAGCGACGACGCCGCGAGCGGGACUCCUCGCCCGCAAGCUCCGACUCACUCUCGCGCUCCUCGAGCCUCGCUCAAUUCGAGUCACUCGAAAGGUCAUGCGCGGCUCCCGCCUCGCCGAGCCUGUCGCCAGACUCCCUCGAGUCUCCUCCACCGUCUCCUCCACCGACGCGAGUGCCUGCAACCCGAACCCAUUUGUCUGCCGAAAACCUGAGCGAGGACAGUGGAUACAGCGAGAGAUCUCGACGGCCGCCCCCACCCGCACAUCGGCGUCCUCCCGAAAUAGCGCAGCAGGCGUCCGUCGGUGCCGGCAGCGAACCCUGCCUCGCUAUCUCACCCAGUCCUGAGCGCCGGCCUCCCCGCACCGCGCGCGCUCUGUCGCUCCCCGCGGAGCUCGACGUGUGCGCUGAGCCGCGAAGACACGCCGGGCAUCGUUCGCGUUUCCGACAAAGUUUCGAAGUGAGCGACAGCCUCACCGUCAGUGUGGCCGACCUCACCGCCCUCGACUACAGGGGCGGAACGCGGCGUCCGCGCUUGCCGCCUCCGCCACCUCCGCCCCGCGCACCGCGACACCCUCCUCCUCCGCCUCCACCUCCUGUUGAAAAGGAUAUCAGCCAUGAAUCAGUAUCGCCCAUUCGAGAACCAAGCGCUGGAAGCGAUUCCACCACAGAGUCUGAACGUGCCUUCGCGAGAGAAAUGGAACUAACAGCUCGACGUCUCGACGAAAGUGCGAGAAGAGUUCUCUCCGAAACCGGCGACUAUGACAGAGAAUUGUCUGUGCUGACAGCGAAAAGGAUGCGCGACUCGUGGGGUGCCUGGGACGACGUUCUCGACGAGCUGCGAAGACGUAUAGAACCGUCUUCUCCAACACCGUCACCUCCACGAUCACCAUCACCGGAUCCCGUGCGACAACCAGCUUUCACAUCUACUCCGCUAAGAUCACCCAGUGACGCGCGGGUACGAUCGACACCGGAGCUACGCGCUCGCGCUACUCCUCAUCGUGAGACACCGGAAGAGCUACGAGCCUCUCUGCAGUUAGUAGCCACACCACCGCCUGGCACGGGGCCUCCCGCGCGAUCCGUAUCGGCAGGGUCGAAAGGAGUCACGUUCUCUCCGGUAGUUGCAGAAGUAAGUUGGCGUGAGACUAGUACAAGCACAACCGAGAGCGAAUCGACGGCGAGCGAUGACGCCGAUGACGCAGAAGUCGAAGUGGUCGUGGAGGGGGGAAGCGAAGAGCCGCGCGCGCCGGCCUCAGAUCGUUCCACUGCCAUGACGGAAGCGAGCGCGCGCGCGCCGCGCGGCCGAAUCGCGGGCUUCUUAUCGCGAUUCGCGAAUUUCCGAUUUUCCGGGCGCAAAGAGAAAAAAACGAGGGGCGCAGGCGCGAACGGUCGACCACCCGCCGGCGGUCCGGCACUAGCGGCAGACGCGGGGCAGGCAGGGCGCGCGGCGGGCGCCGGGCCGCAGUAUGUGCGUAUUCCACUGAAAGAAGAGGGUGUGUCGCGCACGGCGGCACCCCCGGCUGCGGGCGGCGUGGCGCACAAGCCGCCGCGGCCGCGCCCGCCGCCUGCUCCGGCGGCCGGCGUGCUGGAGACGGACGUAGACACGCAGCGCACGGUGCUGCACGCGCGCUCGCUGCUGGCACUGGCGCCUCCUGACCAGCGCGCCCCUCGCCCUCACAAGUCGAUGGAGUUCCUGCUGGACAAGGAGAGUGCUCAAGCAGUGCAGCCUCCUGAAAACGAAUUGCAGAAGAAUUCGGAUCGCGUGCUUUCGGAGCACGAAUUGAGGGUACAGCGAUCACUGCAGAAACUAAAUGUACCUGAAUGGUAUAAGAACGCACCAGCCCCACGCGAGGGCUUCCUACUUCGAAAGCGACUAUCUGACGCAUCAGCUUCGGCCGCGCGCUGGUCCGGUCUCAACUCGAAGACCACGUCGCUGGGCAGCCUCGGCGCCGCCAACGCUCAGCCCCCUCCGCCGCAACUGUCACCACACACGACCAGCUUCGGGAGAUGGUCGACAAGCCGACUGAAUUCCAAUCAAACGUCUCCGUGCUCAUCGACACGGAGCAGCAUCCGUGGUACCAGUCCGCUUUGCUCACCAUCGACCCGAUCCUCGUUCAGCGCGCGGCAGCCCUAUCUCGGCUGGAGGAGCCAAGAACGACUGAAUAGCACUCCGAGAACACCGCAUGAGAGGCUGGCCUCGUCCCUUCUCCAGCAGAGCGCUGCUUCGUCGAGAGCAUCAGAGGAGAUCCAAUCGUCGAUAAAGGAAGUGACGUCGGCGAUCGUCCACUACGUGUCCGGGUUGGAACCGGCCAACGGGGACAUAGACCGGGAACCGUCGCCUCGAUCCAGCCAGAAGCUCUGCUGGCUUGAAAGCUCUUUUGUUGGUACAAAGCCAUUGGACUCCCCGCAGACACCGCUGGUUGUUUCGGAAGCCUUACCGCCCCCCCACCCGCGCCCCCCCUCGUCGCUCCGGCUCGACCACCGCGCCACGCCCGACUGGCAGGAUUCCCAACGCUCCCUGAAUCUCGGUAUCGCCCGCCCAUCUCCAGGGUCUACCACGUUAGAAGAUGUCCUGGAUUCGCUACUCGGUCUGCCGUCGCAGCCAACUAGGAUACCCACUCCUCAGCCGAGUCCUAGAAAGACUUCAAGCCCGUAUUAUCUUACCGGUGGCAAGAGCCCUCGAUACGAACAAUUGGUGAGCAGUGGGCACAGUAGUACGUCCCCGGCGUCAAGGUUCAUGGGCACACCGAGUGAGGACCCAAGCUCCUUCACGGACCCCAGUCCCGACCAUGAUCGACCAGGCAAGGAUACAGUUGAUACUCCAGCAGCGAUGCCAGAGCCGCGACGAUCCCGUUCGGCUCAUGGCGAACACUCGCGUCGGAAGAGUGAACCUUUCGCUCAACAUAGUGCAUCCGUAGACCGUCGCACCAGUCUCGAUGCUGCGGCACUCCGCCCUAAUGAGCAACAACUUACCCAUCACGAUUCCAAGACGUCCCUAGCUUCUCUCCAAACUGAAAAUAGCACUGACGACGCCUACGUCAGAUGUAAAUACCCAAAGUGCUCUUCUCGAGCCCUUUUGUCUGAAGCUAAAAGACAUUACAAAGCGUGUCACAAUUGCACCACAAUGUAUUGCUCUAGGGAAUGUAGACGAGCUCACUGGGAGAAACACAGAAAGGUAUGUCUACACUCGCGGGCGAGCGCUCUGUGCAGACAAAUCAUAUCGGCGGCUAAAGAGGAUGCGGAUUCUUUACAUCAAAUUAGCACUAUAGCUCACAAAGGCUACUUAAGUCAAGGAAGGGGGGUCGUCAAAGUAUUUUUUACUAGUCCCGAAUCAGCGGAGAAAUUCACUAACCACGGAUUUCAGUAUCUAACUGAACCUGAAUACAUGAAGUGGACAUCGCUACAACCCAACGAAAUGGGCGUGGAACUAUACACGGAAGUGGUCAAGCUAUGUAAGACCUACAAUCCCGAGACGAGGGUUAUUUUGUACGUGGCCGUAUGUAUUAUUAGCGAAGUACCCACAAAGGGGGCCGUAAAGUGGGAGAGGCAGAUGGUGUCGCGGUGUGCCAAGUUACGUUUGAGCAAAACCGUAACGGUCAUCAUACAAGAGCAAUAUCGUCGACGGCAAAGGAGAAACAGUAAAAACACACCAGACGAAUGGGAGACGUUAAUUUUGACAUCCAAAAUGGACGUGGCAGGCGAGAAAAAUGCGGCUACAGCUCACAAAUUCAGAGAAAUAUGUUUCUACAACAUACUGAAAGAGCUUGAGAACAGGGGGGUCGUGCUCAAAAAACACUUCCCCGAAGUUUAUUCACGAUUAACGGCUUACGUGGACGGCACAAGCGAUAGAUUUAUCCCCAUGACUAUCUAUCCUAAGGACGUAUCUAGCGGAAAGUCGUUCAUGUGCAUCAUUAUACCCGACAACGACAUAGAGAGUGGGACCCCGACGGAUGGUAAAGUGACCACGGUGGACGUCGGCAUCGACCGCUCGCGGCAUCAGCUGUCCACUCCCAUGUGAAUUAAUGGCAUAAACAUUUUCUACUUACGAAAUUUGAGGUAUCGAUCGGUAAUAAAAAAUUUUUACAAUAACAAUUGGAUGUAUUUGUCAUCAAAUAAGUAUUCACGGUUGUCUUCUAAAUCUCUAAAGGAGAAUCUCUGUGUUGGUUCUAGAAAAUUAUGUGUAGUAAAUCAGAUAUUUUCGUUUGCACUGUAGUCAUGUGCGACUAGCCACUGAUUAAAUGUACUUACUAGACAAUUUGUGUAUGAUGGAUCCAAUCUAGUUCAAUUAUUACUAAGCUUAUAGUUUAUUUUUUUUGCGCUAGGCAGCGGCCUGGCUCUGCCCCUGGCAUUGCUGAGGUCCAUGGGCGACGGUAACCACUCACCAUCCGGUGAGCCGUAUGCUCGUCUGCCUACAAGGGCAAAAAAAAUAAUUAUAUAAUAAGUUAUGCAAAUUUUUUUAGAUAUUUAUUAUUGUACCUAUAAUUGUUGAUUGUUGGGUUAACAUGACAUUCCGAAAGCAUUUUUUAUGUUUAUGAAUUGUUAUAUAUUUUAUGAAAUGUUUUAUCUUUUUAACAUAGAAUAUUAACUAAAGGUUUUUCGUAAUAAAUAUUAAAUAAGACAAUAUUGUUUCAAGAGAUCAUAAGGCCGCGAUGGAGAUUACUGAAUUAAAAAUUUCAUAGAUUAUAGUCAUAAAAUGCUUGAAAUUUUUUUCUAACUGCCUAUGAAAAUUGUAAACAAGUAAAAAAAUUAGAAAAAAUUAUAAAGUAUUUCUAGGUAUUAUAUAUUAUGUAUAAAUUAUAACGUAUUUAUAUUGUCCCUUUAGAUAGAUAUUAAAUAAAUAAUAUAAACUUCUGAAAAACCAAAUUAAAGGGAGUUUGUCUUUGAUCAACAAGUGUAGUUCCAUUUUUGAUCAAUGGCUUGUACUGUAAUAAAUUUUUUUAUUCACAUAUUUAAAUUCGCUUUUUUAAUAAAUUUAUAUACUUUUAUUUAACAAUACUAACAUUGUUUAGAAUCUUAUGAUCAAAAUUAUAUUCUUUUUCAGAAUAUUAUUACACUAUCAAUUUUUCAAGAUUUAAAUGUAUCUGCAUCAACUUUAAAUUGUUUGAAAUCAUACUAAAUACCUAAUUCUCAUGCUAAUUAAUGAUAAUAAAAAAAUAAAAAUGUCACAUUUCCCCACUAUCUGUGCCAAUAAUAUUACAUACUAGUCAUAUAAAUUAAAAAAAUCCUAUCUUCUAUUUAAAAAAAAAAACAUUUGCUAUCUUACUUAAAUAAUGUAACUAAAUGUACAUUAACGCAAGUUGCGCGCUAUUUUCAUCUUAAAAUUUUUACUAAUAAAAAAUACUUUGAUAAAUAUUAUGUGUACCUAAAUGUAACUGCUAAACUCAAAAGACCAAAUAUGGAGCUUCGCCACUGUGUAAACAAAAAUUGUAUUACAUAUAAAAAUUCGACAAAAACAAUUGCAUAAACAUUUGUAAUAUAGUUAUAUAGUUCACAUUUUGUAAUUUGUAUUUUAAUGUAACCAUAUCAUUGUUUUUCAUAGUCUGAAACCUAUGUUUUAUCUAGUUGUUCCUGAAUAUCAAAUAAACGACCCGGCUAUUA